AUGUUCCUCCUGGCUGUUGCUCAGGCAGUUUGCAGGCACUGCAGGUCGGAGGCGCGCGCCCCGGGCGGGUGCAGGCCUGCGCCCGGCGCCCCGCGCCCCGCGGACAACCGGGUCUCCAUUAGGAGCCCGGCCGCGAAGAGCCCGUGGCCGCCGGGGACUCCACGCGGGGCCGCAGGGGCGGCGGGGCCCCGGCUCUGCCCAGAGCCCGCCGAGCUCGGCACUGGGGAGACACUCCGGAACCCAGGGCGCGGGGCGCGGGGCGCGGGGCUGCGCUGCCCUCCACCCGGCCCGGCCCGGAUCCCGGCGGACACGGCCUGCGGAGCCCGCGCGGGGCUUCCCUUCACCCCGGCCCGGAGCCCCGACCCGCGUGGAACCCGGGCCGCCGCCGCCGCCGACGAAGCCAGGUGUGCGGUGCGGGCCCGCGCCCCGCGCCCCUCCGCCGGACCGCUCCCCAGGCCGCACUUCCCAACUUUGCCUCCGCGGGGAGCGGGGUUCGCGCCCGGCCCCGCGCCCCGCGCCCCGCGCCCCGCCUCACCUCGCACUCCGAAAGCUCCGGGCUCCGCUCUACGACGCCGGCGCCACGCCGCCUGGGACCCGGGCGCCCCGGCCCAUCCUCCCCGCCGCUCGGAAAGCGGGGCGCGCGCCGGGGGCGGCGAGGUGUGCGGACGGCGCGGGCGGCGCGGGUCGCCGGGGGCCGCCCCGAAGCCGGCCGGGGCGCGGGCGGCGCGGGCGGGCGGCGCGGGGACGCCGGGCAGGUACGAGGACGCCGGGGCCUGGCCUCCGCCUCUGCCCGCCGCCGCCUCUGCCCGCUGCCUCCGCCGCCGCCGCCUCUGCCCGCUGCCUCCGCCGCCGCCGGCUCUGUGCCGGCGGACGGUGGCGACCGAGGAAAAGGAGAGAAAGCCCCGGGCUGCGGGCGCCGAGAGCGGCUCGGAGCUAGCGAGGCUGCGGCUCGGAGCCGAGAGUCCCCGCUCCGCCGGGCGCGCGCGGUACCCGGAGGAUGCGCAGUCCUGGCGCGCGCUCCCGCCGGCCUCCCGCGUGCCCGCGCGCUCUGGGCCGGCCCUGGGUACCGGCGCGGGGCGGGGCGGAGGAGGGUUGGAGGAGGCCACGUGUGAAAUCCUGACUUGCAAAAUGCACGAGAAACGGAAAGCCCUGUGCAGUGGUUCACCUGGGGAGACCAUCUGCCGGGAACAGGAGCAGAUGUGCGCCCGUGGCUGGGGGGUCAGCGCGCUGACCAAGCCCGGGUCCACGCCCACCACGUCCACCGCGCCCACCGCAUUCACUGCGCCCACCGCGUCCACUGUGUCUACCGGGCUGCCUCGGAUCCGGCCUGAUAUCCUGAGCAAGGGCCAGAUGUGGGGUCAGAACACGGGCUUUAGUUUGUAG